AUGCUUUCUUCAGGCUUGCUCUCAACUUAUAACCAAUACAAGCGCGACACCGAUGUCGUUUCUUCCUGGUUGGCUACCACCGCUAUGAGCUCCGGCUACCCUAGGCCCCUGAGUGAGCCACCAGCCAAGGCUACAUCUUCGGUGCCCACGUCUGAGAGGCUGAAAGGCAAGGCUCGGAAGGAGGCCAAGAAACAACCUGCCAUCAAGCCAGCUCAGGUAUCCGAGGAGACGACGCCGAAACACAUCAUCGCCAUCAAGGACUUCCUGCCACUGGCCCAGUUCGUCUCAGGGAAAUUGCCUGACUCCAUCAAGGUUCCAGAAUCCUUCAUGUCAUCCCUCAACCGCGUCAUUGAAACUCGAAAGCGGUUUUCAUCUAUGUUGGGUGGUAUUCGACGAUUUAAGGACUACCGUGGGGACAAUAAACAUGCCUUUUUUGUAACUGUCCUUGAGCGCGUCCGCGAUGCCUUCAAAUCGCAGGCGGAUGCGUUCGACGUAUCUGCUAUGCAAGACGCGACCCGCGGCGUCGAAAAGUCCCUCCCAAAGGGUGCCAAGCAUGUUGAUGGACCCAAAAACAUGCUUGCCAUUCUAGACGUUUACGAGCCAUCUAAGGACUUCCUGGCUGCCCCAGAUGUUGAGCGUGAGGCUAAAGCUCCUGAAGUCUACAUGGCUGAGGAGGAUGACUCCGAUACUGCAGCCCUCUUCAUGUACACUGCAUACCUCAAAGAUCUCGGUCGACUUCGCAAAGAGAUUCUCCAGCUCUGGGCCGAGUACAAAUCCGGAGAUAGAGACCUCGCCGCCGUUUCAAUUGCCACCAACACCGCUCUUCAGCUUGCGCGCAAUAUGGAGCAAGAAAUAGCCCCGUCGAUGGAAAAGCUUGGAGGUGCCAUGAUUGUCAUACAAAUGUUCUAUGAGGCUGCUUGUGCAGCUCAAGGCCAGGACCCUCUUGAUAAGCAGUGGGGCGAGGACUUGAACUUCAACUGCUACGACGACGCCUCCGACCUCUACUUCACUACUCUCAGUCUUCUUUACGCCUUUAGCAACACGAAUCCAGACAUCCCAAAUUACAGUGGGAAAUUCGGUUGGUACAAUGACAAGAAACGAGGAACCAGCGCUCGCGAGCGAUGGGCAGAGGAUAAGGCAGCACUCCUUGAAGUCUUCGCGGAUCAAACUAUGCUCUUCCAGCUGCUUCGGGGGUCCCCGGUUCACGAUGAGUUCACAAAAGGAUUGAAGGCCUUGCUAGACAGGGGUAAACUGGAAGUCUGGCUCUGCUUUUCGGCGCAGGUGUACCUCGACAUUCUCAAGUCCCUCGGACCUUCCGUUCGAAACGGCGAGAGAGAUUUCCAGCGGUCUCUACAGCCAAUUGCAGCCAGUGUCAAAGAGGCUCUCCGCAUUCGCAGUAAUCGAGAGGCUACGGUCAAGGAGAACAUGGGGGAUCUUCACAAGCUCGCAAUCUUAUGGGGACCCGGGAAAGAUCCAUUCAACGCCAUUCGCAUUGCAUCAAGGCUUAAAAGCAGGGCAUCUAAUUUCUUGGAACAUCAUCCGAUGUAUUGCGGUCUCUUCUUGCAUUACGUCCGUACUCUUUUUCACCGUGUCGGAGCCGAGUACGCCGCAAAGCCCGGGAAUGUGUUGCACGGUAUCCAGCUCUAUCAGGCUCUCCAACAAGAAGGCUUUCUGCAAGACAGCGAUAAAUGGGAUGCAUUGGAUUCGAUGAUGGAGCAACAGGGCGGGACCGCCUUCUUCGUCGGCGACCCCCCAGUGGACCCAGAUGCGUAUUUCAAGAACUUUGAACUUUCUAAGGGGGUCUCGGCCGCGCAAUGGAUCCAGAAGCGCAACAAACCCAACAGCAAUCGCUUCAUGACCUCAAAGGCUGGUAUUCGGAUCAUGAAGUUCAAUGGAGUCUGUUCCUGCUCGUUUGCCCCUAUGGUCUUGGACAACUCGGAUCCCAGAGGGCUUAACGCGGUGGUCAUUGAUCAAAUCCUUGAGCGAAGUGGUUGGCUCGACAAGGCAAACAUUGAUGGGUCUCCUACCGACACGGAGAAAUCCAAGCAGAAGCAUCGUGCGCUCCUCCCAUCUGAGCUAGUUCGUCAAGUCGCCCUCGCAGUUCACGAUGAGGUUCCCGAGCUCACACUUGACUACUUCCACACCGACCACCUUUGCAAGGCUGUCUUGAAGCGCGUGCGAGAAAAAGUAGACGUUAAGAACGGCGGUUCGAUCGAGUCCAGUCAACUCCGUGCGCUUCAAGAAGACAAUCCAGGAAAUACUGUGGGCAUAGUUUUCGCUGCGGUUGUUGGUCAUGUACCCGUUCUUUCUCCAGACCAGAAGGCGCCUCUGCGAGAAGCAGCUGAAGCUUUCAAGAGUAAGCCUACCCUGGAAGAUCAACAAAUGCUGUCAUUAAGUGCCUUUUAUAGAGAGAUGUAA